CUGUAGCUCUGUACCUUCAUACGUUUGUCACAUGUUUUGCGUCAGUGUUCGUCCAAACAUCUUCCUCUACAUGGGAGACGAUUCCUCCCAGUACAGGAAGUGGUAUUACGAGGUGGUGGUGGAGAGGGCGGAGCCUUUUGUGACACCUGAGCCGACUCACCUGAGGGUGGGUUGGGCCUGUAGCACAGGUCACCGCCCCUCUCUGACAGGAGGUCACUGCUGGGGGGCAAAUGGAGUCGGAGAUAACCUGCAAUCGUACGGGUUCGACGGCCUGCACCUGUGGACAGGUGGCGUAGGUCGCAGGGUCAGCUCGGCCAAUCAGAGGCUGCUGAGUGAGGACGAUGUCGUCAGCUGCUGCCUGGACCUCAGUGCGCCGUGUAUUUCGUUCCGAGUCAAUGGGCAGCCAGUGCAGGGCAUGUUGGAGAACUUCAACACCGACGCACUCAUGUUCCCUGUGGUCAGCUUCUCCGCUGGGGUCAGGGUGCGAGUGCUGUUAGGAGCUCAGCACGGGGAGUUUAAAUUCUUGCCUCCUGCUGGAUUCUCGCCGUGUGCUGAGGCUUUACUCCCCAGGGGGCGCUGCAGGCUGGAGCUGUGUGAGGAGGUCACACGGGGAAGUAGCCAGCGGGAACUUUUAGGCCCGGCUGUAUUCGGUGAGCCGGUGGUCUUCACCCCUACGCCAGUGGACACCAAGCAGGUAAAGCUGCCUCCUCAGUUCGAGUUGAUCAGAGAGACCCUGGCUGUGAACAUGCAUGAGCUCUGGCUGCUGGAGAAAACUGAGAGCGGCUGGAAACACGGACAUGUGAGAGAUGACAGUAAACAGCUUCACCCAGGACUGGUGGAGUUUUCUAAACUUCCAGAUCAGGAGAAACUCGUCAAGCUCCAGGCUGCUGAACACACGCUGAGGUCUCUGUUGGCUCUCGGAGCUCACAUCGGUCUGUCCGAUGACCACACAGACGAGAAGGUGAAGUUCAUCCGGCUUUCAAACAGGUUCGAGCUGUGGAACGGUUACAGACCGACUCCAGUGGAUCAGUCUGGAGUUCAUCUGAACGCAGCUCAGGAAGCUCUGGUAGAAGCUCUGGCUGAGAACGAGCACAACAUCUGGAGCAGAGAGCAGAUCAGACAGGGCUGGAGCUACGCACCACAACAGGACAUUAAGGGGAAGAGAAGCCCUCAGCUGCUGCCGUUCCCUCUGUUGGAUGAUAGAAGCAGACGUUGUGCUUUAGAGUCAGCGAGGAACGUGUUAGGAACUCUGCUUGGAUUCGGAUACACCGUAGAAGCGUCAGAGCAACAGCGGUACCUGGGCCCUGACACGGAGGCUGCGAGUGAGGAAAAGCCUCGCGUAUUCCGUGUUGAGCACACUUUUGCAGUGCAUGAUGGGAAAUGGUAUUUCGAGUUUGAGGCAGUCACUGCUGGUGAGAUGAGAGUGGGCUGGGCUCGAGUGGGAUGUCAACCGGACAUGGAGUUGUGGACAGACGAGCAGAGCUUCGUGUUCGAUGGCUCAAAGGGUCAGUGGUGGCAUGGAAGCACUGUCCCAUUUGGUCAUGUUUGGCAGAAGGGGGAUGUGAUUGGAUGUUUGUUGGAUUUGACCCGGAGAACCAUGAUGGUCACUUUAAAUGGAGAGCUACAGCUGAACACUUAUGGCUCUGAAAUUGCUUCCAAAGGUUUCAGUACAACUGGUGGCUUUGUUCCUGUGUGUGGUUUGGGUGUAAAUCAGGUUGGACGAUUAAAUCUGGGCCAAAAGGUUGACUCGCUAAAAUAUUUCAGUGUUUGUGGGCUUCAGGAGGGCUACCAGCCUUUUGCCUUGAACAUGAGCAAAGAUCCUCCACUCUGGAUGAGUUGGAGAGAGCCUUUAUUUGUACAGAUACCAGAGGACCAUCCUCACUUAAAGGUUAGUUAUAUUGAUGGGACAAUUGACCACCUACCAUCUCUGAAGGUCACCCAGCGUUCAGUGGGAAUACCCGACAGUCUUAGCACUCAUGUUGAGUUCUAUCGCCUGAGCUUGCCCAUAGAGUGUGCAAAAGUGUUCAGCAAACCCAUAGAUGGUGCAGUACCUCCAGCUAGCGGUGGAACAUGUCACAUUAAGCAACCAGAAGAAGGGGAUGACUCUGACUUUGAAAUGCUGAUGAAGUCAGCUCACAGACACACAGGAAGUAGAGACGAACUAAACAACCAAAAGGAUCAUGCUCAAGAAAAGCCUUCCAGACUUAAACAAAGGUUUCUUUUGAAGAAGAAACCAGAAUUGGUGUCUAGUGGCUCUUCAGCCCGGCUACUGGAAGAUGUCCUGGCAAUCGAGAGGGACAGCGAUAACCGACUUGCCAACUGCACUAAGUACUACUUUUCUGUGAAGAUCCUAGAUGGGCAGGAUCCAUCGUGUGUCUGGGUUGGAUGGGUAACUUCAAACUUCAACUGUCAUGACCGAACGUUUGACCUGGAGAGAGUGUGUAGUGUGACUGUCACACUUGGGGACCAAUGGGGCAAAGUUCUUGAGAGUGACAAAUGCAGUUGCUGUUACAUGGUAUGUGCUGCAGAGGGCAGUAGUCUCUCCCACAGCCACAGUAAAAUAAGCCUGGAGAUUGGCUGUCUGGUUGACACUGCGACUGGAUUUCUUACCUUUACUGCUAAUGGAAAGGAGAUGGGAAUCUUUUAUCAGGUGAAGCCAGGCACUAAAUUGUACCCAGCAGUUUUUGCCAAAGCCACCAGUUCUGAUGUCUUUCAGGUUGAACUUGGACGAAUUAAGGGUGCAUUGCCAUUGUCAGCUGGUUUGUUUCGGAGUGAAAGGAAAAACAUGGAGCCGCACUGUCAUCCCAGGCUUAAUGUCCAAUUCCUGAUACCCAUGAGGUGGACACGGCUUCCCGAAAAUGCUCCGCAGGUAGAGCUGACACGGCUUGAGGAAAGGCAUGGCUGGAGAGCGGAGUGCACCGAGAGCCUACAGGUCAUGGCCCUGCACAUUCCCGAGGAGGACAGGUGCAUAGACAUUCUUGAACUCUCUGAACUGGCCGAUCUUCUCAAGUUCCAUGACCACACUCUCCGUCUCUAUUCUGCCCUCUGUGCCCAUGGAAACAUACCUGUAAGCCAUGCCUUGUGCAGCUACAUCGAUCAGUCGCAGAUUCUGUUUGCAUUGCGCUGUUCUAGACUGCCUGGGAAUCUGCGAGCAGGUUUCUAUGACUUAUUAAUGACUGCCUACCUAAGUGCCCAUAGCGGUGCUAGACAGACCACCACCCACGAGUAUAUUGUGCCCAUGACUGAUGCCAUGCGGACUAUUAAACUUUUUGAAAACAACAGAAAGCAUCCCAGCUUCCCAGGCAGUAGCAUCAGUACCUCUCUGCGACCAAGAAUGCAUUUCAGCUCACCUUGUUUUGUUAGAGCUCGCAGAAAUGGUUUUGAUAAUACAUCCGAUGGUCUGAAGUCUGAAGAUGGAUCCUGUCAAUAUAGUCCUGAAUUCCCACUGGAUGUGCUUAAAGUUAUAAUAACAACCAUGUUGAAGGAAGCGGUCCACUCAGUAGGGAAGAAUAUCCGGGACCCUGUGGGCGGCAACAUAGAGCUACUGCUUGUUCCUCUACUCCAACUCCUUCACACACUCCUCCUCAUGGGUGUAUAUCAUCACUCAGAUCUGCGGCGAGUGCUUUCUCUCAUCAUUCCCUCUCCUUACAUAAGGGAAAAUGAUGCAGGGAAAUUGAUGGAUGGAGACGAAGAUAACGAUCAUGAUAUAGAGCAAGAGAGGAAAGAAGGAAGAGCUCUCGUUGAACAAAAAACAUUAUUGCAAAUGAAGCUACCGGAUGCAGUUAAACUCCAGUUAUGUCACCUGCUGCAGUAUCUGUGUGACUGUCAGUUGCGUCACAGGGUCGAGGCCAUAGUGAACUUCUCUGCUGAACUUGUGGGCCAUCUUCAGAGUAACCAGCGUUCUCGUUACAUGGAUGUAAUGGAAGCACUCAACAUGUCUGCUGCUCUCACUGCCCGCAAGACCAAGGAGUUCCGCUCUCCACCUCAAGAACAGAUGAACAUGUUGCUAAACUUUCGGGACAAGGAGGACAGGGACUGCCCCUGCUCUGAGAAGAUAAGAGAUCUCUUCUGGGAUUUCCAUCUGGACCUCAGGAGCCAUUGUGGUGUUGAAACUGGUGAAAACCUGGUUACUGAAGGUGAUGAGAAUCAGCCUAUCAGGAAUCGAUUAAGGAACCUGGUGGACAAAAUGUCUCGUCUGAAGAGGAGGAUGUCUGGUGUGGUUGAAGAGGAUGUCGUGGCUAAACCUGUUUCUCUUCAGUGGCUAAUCUCAGACACUGUGAUGCGUUGGGCUCACGAGGGGCCGCUGGAGGACCCUGUUCUGGUACGGGCUGCGUUUGGACUCCUGCGCUGCCAGUAUGCUGGCCUGGCUGGUAAAAUGGCUGCUGCAUUGCAAAAAGCCUAUUGCAUCACUGAAAACUCAAUAGAGGACACACUUAACCUGCAGGAGGCUCUGGGACGGAUCCGAUCACUACUUACAGCCAGAAUGGGCAAAGAAGAAGAGGAACUCAUGAUCCAAGGACUUGGUGAUGUCAUGAAAAAUAAAGUGUUCUACCAGCACCCGAACCUGAUGAGGGCCCUGGGUAUACACGAGACUGUCAUGGAGGUGAUGGUUAAUGUCCUGGGCACACGGGAGUCCAAGGAAAUCAGGUUUCCAAAGAUGGUGGCCCACUGCUGCCGCUUCCUGUGUUAUUUUUGUCGAAUCAGCCAACACAAUCAGAAAGCCAUGUUUGACCACCUGAGCUACUUGUUGGACCACAGCAGCGUUGGACUUGCAUCCCCCUCCAUGCGAGGCUCGACUCCUCUGGACGUGGCCGCGGCUUCCGUGAUGGACAACUACGAGCUGGCGUUAGCGCUUACAGAGAGAGAUCUGGAGAAGGUUGUGCAGUAUCUGGCAGGCUGUGGUUUGCAGAGUUGUAUGUUGCUGCUCUCUAAAGGAUACGCAGAUAUCGGCUGGAAUCCCGUCGAAGGCGAGAGAUACCUGGACUUGCUGCGCUUUGCCGUCUUCUGUAACGGUGAGAGCGUGGAAGAGAACGCGUACGUCGUUGUCCGGCUCCUGAUUCGCCGCCCCGAAUGCUUCGGCCCCGCUCUCAGAGUAGAGGGUGGAAACGGUCUCUUAGCAACCAUAGAGGAAGCCAUCAGGCUCUCAGAAGAGGAGAGUGGAGAGUGUUUUUCUAAAGCCUACCAGUCCAGUAGCACCCUUGACAUCCUUGAUGAUGAAGCCGAUGAUGUCAUCCACAUGGGACACGCUAUCAUGACUUUUUACUCAGCUCUUAUAGACCUACUGGGCCGCUGUGCUCCAGAGAUGCACUUGAUAGAAACCGGUAAAUGUGAGGCUGUGCGUAUAAGAGCCAUCUUGAGAUCUCUGAUCCCUCUGAAAGACCUGGAAGGAGUCAUCAGCAUCCCUUUCCCGCUCCCUUUUCCGGACAAAGAUGGUUGUGUCAUGGAGCCGGAUAUGUCCAGGUGCUUCUGUCCAGAUCACAAAGCGUCCAUGGUGCUGUUUCUGGACAGAGUCUAUGGUGUCCAGAACCAAACCUUUCUGCUCCACCUUGUUGAGAAAGGCUUCCUGCCAGAUCUGCAUGCUGCUGUUAGCUUGGAUAUUAGUGGACUGGGCGGCACGGACAUGGCACUGGCUCUGAAUCGUUAUCUGUGUGGGUCGGUGCUGCCGUUGUUGUGUAAGUGCUCGUCGCUGUUACGCGACCUUCCUCUCAUUAACACAGGAACAGUGGAUGACUUCCUACAAGCGCUGUAUCGUCUUUCUAAAGCCGGCAGCCUCACCAAAGCCCAGCAAGAUGCCAUCCAGGCCUGCCUGCUGUCUGUGUGUGGCAGACUGAAGCCAUCCCUCUUGCAGCCUUUACUGCGACAUCUCACCGUCGACGUCCCACAGCUCUCUGAGAACACCAAGAUGCCACUUAAGAUUCUGACCGACCAUUAUGAGCAGAACUGGAAGUACUACUACACAUCUGGAGGAUGUGGUGGGUUUAACGCCGCAUCCGAGGAGGAGCUUCGGCUCAGCAGGAAGCUGUUUUGGCAUGUUUUCAGCGCAUUAAACAAAAAGCCGUACGACGCUGAGCUGUUAGAGCUGUCCAUCGGAUGUCUGGUUGCCCUGUCCGGUGCUAUUCCUCCUAAUCACAUCCAUCUGACCUGCACAUCUGGACUGGACUCACACUCCUCGCUGGACUCAGAGGGACACUUCUGUCCUCAACCUCUGGACACGUCCAAUGUAAUAGUACCUGAGGGAUUGGAGCAUCUGGUGAAUAAAUACGCAGAACACACACAUGAGAAGUGGUCACUAGAGAAGUUUUCUAAUGGUUGGGUUUACGGAGAGCAGAUGUGCGAGAGCUCUAAAGUCCAUCCGCUCCUGAAGCCCUACAGAGCCCUGUCAGAACGAGAUAAAGAGAACUACCGAGUGGCCAUUAAAGAGACAGUAAAAAGCAUGCUGGUCUUGGGUUGGACCAUCGAGAGGUCAAAAGAGGGGGAUGCCAGGGACCUCCAUCACCUAUCCAGGAGGAUCUCACAGUCUCCCCAGCUGUCGUUUGAGGGAACCUCCAUGUUCAGUCCCAAACCUGCAGACACCAGCAGCGUCAUGCUGACCUGGGAUCAGUAUUCUAUGGCAGAACAGCUGGCAGAAAACUACCAUAACAUCUGGACAAAGAGGAAACUCAAGGAACUGCAGGCUGAAGCAGGGGGCACUCACACACUGCUGGUGCCCUAUGGGUCUCUGAGUGGCCGGGAUCAGAGCCGAAUCAGAGAGAGAGUGCAGGAAAUGCUGAAAUUCUUCCACAUCAACGGAUACACCGUGUGGAGAGAAAGAAAACCGACAGAGUCUGAUCAUCCGUCUGUCUCAGGCCGGUUUGCAUACCGUCUCCUUCAGCAGGCGCUCUCCUGUACCGAACAUGUCCAGGAAAAGAUGCUAGAGUUGGAGGUUGCUCAGGCUAGAGGACAAAUGGGAAAGUCAGAGGAAGUGUGUGACGAGCAGCAGAUACGUUUCUUCACCAAGGUUUUCUUGCCUCUAAUUGAUCAGUAUUUUAAAAAUCAUCAUCUCUACUUCCUGCCCAGUUUGAUGUCGUCCCUCAGCAGCACUGCACACGCUUCCAAUAAAGAACGAGAGGUGGUUUCUAGUUUGUUCUGUAAGCUGGCUGCUGUCGCCAGACGCAGGAUUUCUCUCUUCGGUAAAGAUGCUCGGUCUGUAGUGAGCUGUCUGCAGGUCCUGGCGCGCUCGCUGGAUGUGAAGGUCGUGAUGAAGAUGUCGGCGAAGUGCAGACAUUCAGCACUGCGCAUGUUCUUCGAGACUGCGGCGGUGGAUUUGGAGCUGGCGGUGGACAGCGUGACCCCGGGGGUCAUACAGAUUCGAGGAGAUGGAGGAGUGCUGACCUACACCAUCACUGCUCUCCUCCCAGUCCUGACAUCUGUGUUUCAACAUACAGCUCACUGCCAGAGCUCAGCCGACCUCAUGGUGGAUGAAGUGCAGGCCUCCUGUUACAGGAUCCUCUGCAGUCUGUACACACUCGGCACUUGCAGUAACACUUUUGUGGAAAGUCGGAGGUCUUCAGUAGGCGAGUGCCUUGCUGCCUUGUCAGCUGCCUUCCCUGUGUGUUUCCUCGAGAUUUCCCUGGACUACACGAGUAAAUCAGAGCGAGAAGAAGUAGGCGUGUCCACUGUAGCAGAGGAUUUGUCCAGGCCCCUCCCAUCCCUGCAGGAAGCUCUGUCAGAAGUGGAGGACAUGCUGGAGGCGGAGUCAGCAUCUCGUCACGUCCUUCUGUCCAGGGUCAUGGAGGUAACUGUUCCUCUGCUGUGCAGCUACGUGUGUCGAUGGGAUGAAGAGGAUGCUCGGGGGGUUGAGGGGCAGAACGGGGCAUCCUGCUCCUCUCUCACACCCUCACACACCAACACCCUACUGGGGCAAAUCCUCACCAUCAUCCAUACCCACAUGGGCAGACACGAAUGCAGCUGGAUGAAACGGAUCGCAGCGUCUGUCCAGCCGCUGGUCCGUAAGGCAGAGCCCGGUCUCCUGACGAGUCACUUCCUGCCUCUGAUGGAGAAGCUGAAGAAGAGGGCAGAGUCAGUGGUGCAGGAGGAGGAGCGUAUGAAGACGGAGAGGUGUGGAGAUGUGGCGGAGAUGGAGUUGGCUGUGCAGGAGAAGUUCGCCGUGUUGGUGCAGGACAUCUACGCUUUUUAUCCCCUCCUUAUCCUGUUUGUGGAGCGCCACAGGAUUCUGUGGCUGAGGCAGAAGAGCGCCGACGCUGAGAGACUCUUCGCUUUGGUCGCUGACGUGUUCACUUUCUGGGCCAAAUCUCACAACUUUAAGUGGGAGGAGCAGAACUUUGUCGUACAGAAUGACAUCAGCAACACAACCUACCUGGUGAACAGCAGGAACAGCCACAUGACAAAGAGAGCGUGCGACGAGGAGAGGAGGAAGGUGAAGAGGAGCAAAGACGAGCGUUACUCCGCCCACACGUCUCUCAUCGUGGCCUCUCUGAAGAAGCUCAUCUCCGUCGGACUGAAUCGAUGCUGUCAAGGAGAUCGAGGCCUCGAGAUCGUUACUCUCGCCAAGAAACGCUUCUCUGAGAAAGAUACGGAGGAGGAAGUUCGAGCGUUCCUUCAACAGGUUUCUCACACUUUGGAUGAAUAUCUUGUUGACAGUAUCCUGGCUGUGGCCCGUGUGCUCUUCUAUCUGGAUCAGGUGGAGUCUCCUCAGGGCAGUAAGAGAACUGUGUGGCAGAAGCUACUCUCUAAACAGAGAAAACGAGCCGUUGUGGCCUGCUUCAGGAUGACUCCAUUAUACAACCUGCCACAGCACAGGGCAGUGAACUUGUUUCUACAGAGCUACAGGAAGCUGUGGGUGGAGCCAGAAGACGACUUGUAUGAGCAGAAGCUGAUUGAAGAUUUAUCUAAAGCGGGAGAUGGAGGGAGUGCUGUGGAGGAGGAGGGAUGGAGUGAGGGAACAGUGCGAGGCAAAAAGAUCGACCCUCUUCAUCAGCUCAUUACUCUCUUCCACCAAAGCGCCCUGACAGAGAGCAGCAGGCUGGAGGAAGACGGACUGUACCUGGCUUACGCUGACAUCAUGGCCAAGAGCUGCCAGGCCGAGGACGAGGACGGUCACGGAGAGGUGAAAUCCUUUGAAGAGAAAGAGCUGGAGAAACAGAGACUCUUGUAUCAACAGGCCAGACUACAUGAUCAUGGAGCUGCCGAGAUGGUUCUCCAGAGGCUCAGUGCCAGAAGAGGUAUUACGGGGCCCUCUGUGGAGGCCACUCUUAAACUGGGCAUCGCCAUCCUGAACGGAGGGAACACGGACGUACAGCAGAAAAUGUUGGACUAUCUGAGAGAAAAAAGAGACGUCGGAUUCUUUCACAGCCUGGCGAGCCUCAUGCAGUCCUGCAGCGUUCUGGACCUGAACGCAUUCGAGAGGCAGAUGAAAGCCGAAGGUUUGGGAACAGCGGCCGAAGGCAAGGCAGGUGAUAAGGUUAUGGCAGACGAACCGCUGACUUGUGAUCUCUUCCGCUUCCUCCAGUUGCUUUGCGAAGGACAUAAUGCAGAAUUUCAGAACUAUCUGAGAACUCAGACAGGAAACAAUACCACGGUAAACAUCAUCAUCUCCACUGUGGACUACCUGCUCCGACUGCAGGAGUCCAUCAGCGACUUUUACUGGUAUUACUCUGGGAAAGAUGUCAUCGAUGAACACGGCCAGCGGAACUUCUCCAAAGCCAUCAGAGUGGCCAAACAGGUCUUCAACACCCUCACAGAGUACAUCCAGGGUCCCUGCACUGGAAACCAGCAGAGUUUGGCACACAGUCGGUUGUGGGACGCCGUGGUCGGCUUCCUCCACGUUUUCGCCCACAUGCAGAUGAAACUUUCUCAGGAUUCGAGUCAGAUCGAGCUGCUGAAGGAACUGAUGGAUCUGCUGAAAGACAUGGUGGUGAUGCUGCUGUCUAUGCUAGAAGGGAACGUUGUGAACGGAACCAUCGGGAAACAGAUGGUGGACAUGCUGGUGGAGUCGUCCGGCAACGUCGAAAUGAUCCUGACGUUCUUUGACAUGUUCCUGAAACUCAAAGAUCUCGUAUCCUCUGAUGCCUUCAAAGAAUAUGACCCUGAAGGACAAGGGCUUAUCUCCAAGAAGGACUUUCAAAAGGCCAUGGAAGGCUACAAACGCUACACCGUGUCCGAGACCGAAUUCCUGUUGUCUUGCGCAGAAACGAAUGAGAACAAGCUCCUGGACUAUCGGGCGUUUGUGGCUCGUUUUCAUGAACCGGCCAAAGACAUCGGUUUCAACGUGGCUGUCCUUUUGACUAACCUGUCAGAGCACAUGCCUCAUGAUACCCGAUUACAUAAUUUUCUGGAGUUAGCUGACAGCGUGCUCAGGUAUUUCCAGCCUCACCUGGGCAGGAUUGAGAUCAUGGGCAGCGGGAAGCGGGUCGAGAGGGUCUACUUCGAAAUCAGCGAGUCGAGCCGAAUGCAGUGGGAGGAGCCACAGGUGAAGGAGAGCAAGCGUCAGUUCAUCUUUGACAUUGUGAACAAGGGGGGUGAGAAGGAAAAGAUGGAGCUCUUCGUGAACUUCUGCGAGGACACUAUCUUCGAGAUGCAGCUGGCCGCCCAGAUCUCUGCCUCCGACCGUGACGAGGAAGUGCUGGGAACAGAAGAUGAUGGAACGGACGCAAUGAAGGACGAGGAAAAAAACCCUGUUACGAAUAACGAUGACACCGAAGGAGGACAGAAAGUCUUUUCCUCGACAGCGAUGAUGAAGCGGCUCCUCCUGGCCCCUCUCUGUGGCCUGAUGAUGAUAACAUGGCUCCUGUCCAUAAGGAAUGUGAAGAGGCACAUAAAAAGGAUGAGCAUAAAGGGUCUUGUUCUGGCCAUUGUCCUCUUCUUCCAGAAGGUUGCAUCGGCCAUUUUUCGUACCAUUUCAGGCUCCGUCUGCUUUGUCCUACACGUCCUUUAUCUUGUCUUUCUCAGUGGUUACAUUAUCAAGUUUGCCAAAGAGACCAAACUCUGUGAUUUUUUCAGAGAUCUGCCAGAACCCACGCUGGAUGAUGUUACAGGGGAAAACGAAGGGGUAACCCACAAGGUCCGAGGUCCAACACGGACCUUAGCCUCCCGGGGUGACCUUAACGCAGUGACACUGGACUUAUCGGCUGUGUCCAGAAACCCUCAGCUACUUACUGAAAUAUUUGGGCUCAAGUUAAGAAAGGAAGGAGGCCAGUAUAUGCUGUUUAGUCGAGAUUCCGUUGCUAGCGUUGGUGAAGUAAUGAAUCCUUCUAUACAUCAGGCAGCUUUGUCUGAGGAGGAGGACGAAGAGGAGGAGAAACAUUCAGAGGCUGAAAAAGCAGAAGGUGAAGACAAUGAGAAGAAGCAGCCGAGGAAAGAAGAUGAGGAGAAACGCAGAAUUAGGAGGAUGAGCUUCCACAAAGCGACUGAGCCUGAGGUUCAAGAAUCAUCCACAUGGAAAAUAAUCAACUCUCACAAGACAAAACUGCUCAAUUAUUUUGCCAGGAAUUUCUACAACAUGCGAGUGCUGGCCCUGUGUGUGGCCUUCAGCAUCAACUUCAUUCUUCUGUUCUACAAGGUUUCCUCUGGCGAAGCUGAAAGUGUGUCCUUAUCUGAUCUCGACGAUGAGAACUCCGAGAGUGUGUGUUUUAUUCUGGAAGAGAACGGUUACAUGAAGUCGCUCCUCCACUUUCUGGCUGUAUUACACACUCUUAUCUCCUUCGGCUCCAUUAUCGGCUACUACUGUCUGAAGGUUCCUUUAGUAGUGUUUAAGCGUGAGAAGGAGUUGGCGCGUAAGCUGGAGUUCGACGGCUUGUACGUCACACAGCGACCCGCGGAUGAUGACAUCAGGGGCCAGUGGGACCGACUGGUCAUAAACACGCCAUCUUUUCCAAGUAAUUACUGGGACAAAUUUGUGAAGAGGAAGGUGAUGGCCAAGUACGGCGAGAUGUACGGCUCCGAGAGGAUCAGCGAGCUGCUGGGUUUGGAUAAAAAGACACUGGAUUUCAGUUACGAAGCCCGGAAAGGAAGAAGAGCAGCCCGAGAAAUACUGAACUCCGUCCAUACGAAAUAUCAGAUUUGGAAACUCGGAGUCGUGUUUACCGACAACUCGUUCCUAUAUCUCGCCUGGUACAUGCUGCUGUCAGUUCUCGGCCAUUACAAUAAUUUCUUCUUUGCCGCUCACCUCUUGGACGUGGCCAUGGGCUUUAAGACCCUGCGCACCAUCCUGUCGUCCGUCACACACAACGGAAAACAGUUGGUUCUGACUGUAGGCCUCUUGGCUGUGGUUGUGUAUCUCUACACCGUCGUGGCCUUCAACUACUUCCGCAAGUUUUACAAUAAAAGUGAAGAUGGCCAAACUCCAGAUAUGAAGUGUGACGACAUGUUGACGUGUUACCUGUUCCACAUGUAUGUGGGGGUGCGUGCCGGCGGGGGGAUCGGUGACGAGAUCCAAGACCCGGCAGGAGACGAAUCCGAGUUUUACCGUGUGGUCUUCGACAUCACCUUCUUCUUCUUUGUCAUCGUCAUCCUCUUGGCCAUCAUUCAGGGUCUGAUCAUCGAUGCGUUCGGAGAGCUGAGAGACCAACAGGAGCAGGUGAAAGAGGACAUGGAGACGAAGUGUUUUAUCUGCGGCAUCGGGAGCGAAUAUUUUGAUGCCGUGCCUCAUGGGUUCGAGUCUCAUACGCUGCAUGAACACAACCUGGCCAACUACCUGUUCUUUGUGCAGUACCUCAUCAAUAAAGAUGUGACGGAACACACAGGGCAGGAAUCCUACGUAUGGAAGAUGUACCAGGAACGCUGCUGGGAGUUUUUCCCAGUCGGAGACUGUUUCCGUAAACAGUAUGAGGAUCAGCUGGGUUAAAUAUUCCCACAUUAAGGACUCUGCUUAUUAACAUCUUCCCGUUCUCUGAUACGGAACUAAUGUUUGUCACAGAGUCUUUAGACGUGGACGUGAUGCAGAGGAACGACGGGUUCAUGUAGCGCUUUCAUGCUAUUUCUGUCCUGUGCUCGGUCGCACUGUGGAAACUAAUUAACAAACACAAACAGCUUUUUUUGUCUUUUUUGGUUCUUCAGACCAGAAUAUAAGAUAUUUCCUGUGUCACGUAAAUGAAAGAUCAAGACCACACACACACACUCACACACACACACACACACACACACACACACACACACACACACACAUAUACAUACACACACUCACACACACACUCACACACACACAAACACACACACA